CACCCACCACAACACGACACGAUGCUCCGCACCCUCCGCACGCUAGCAAAGCACACGCCCAAGCCCGCAGCGAAGCCCCCAGCGCCGUCGCCGUCGCCAACAGCAGCAAAAGCAAAAGCAGCAUCCCCAAGCAGCUCGGCACAGCAGCCCUGGCUGCCGUCGACCAAGCGCCCAAAAGGCGCCCCAGAGCAGCCGUACAUCCCGGCCCCGCGCGCCACACCACCACCGACACCGACACCGAGCGCGAGCACGAAGCCGAAGCGCGCGGCCGAACCGAACGCCAAGGCCAAGGCCGGCGCCGACGCCAGGGCGAGGGCCGAGGCCGUGCUCCAGGCGCGGAGGGACGCCGGGGCGGCCAAGACGGACCGGACUAGGGGGUUGGUUGACUCGUUCCGUGCCCUCACGCCCAACUCGCGCAUCAUCCUCGGGCUGGGCUUCGCGGCCGUCGGCGUCGCCGGCCUGGCGUGGGACUCGACGUACGACGGGGCGGAGAAGGACGGUGGAGAGGGGGAGGGGGAGGCGGGGGCCGAGAAGCCCGUUAUCAGCGUGCGUAUGGUCGAUCGCAAGUAA